GAAAAAAAAAACCAUCGGAAAAUAUCGAGGCAUCAAUUGUGUUAUCGAAGUUUCUUCACCUCUAGUGUUUAGUUCUGCUUCAAUUAUUUUAUAAACUUUGAAAUAAAAUAGAAAAAAUGAAUAUCUUAGACUUACCGGACACGGUGUUAAUGGACAUAUUAGAGCUGCUCACCUACGACGAGGUUGCCCGAAAAAGAGAAAUUUGCGCCCGUUUCAAUUACAUUUGCCAACAGGUGUUGAACACAGGUUUCAACAAGGUUGUACAGGAGCAUGCCAAGAAUUUCAAACGCAAAUCACUGCUGCCACGUCGCGAAUCUGAACGACGCAAUCACAUGCUGGCGCGUCAUUCCGACAUCCUGACCUCAAUCGAGACGCGCAUCUCAAUGCUGACAAUGACGUACUCCAAGUUUAUAGAUCUGAACAUAUGCUGCUUUAUACCCGGUCGCGUACUCGACGAAAUCAAUAGCAUAUUGAAACUUUUGGCCAGCACAACGAAACCCCUGCGUCCCCAUGAAGUGCUCCAAGAGCUGCGCGACAUCUCAUCGAUGGCUAUUGAGCAUUUCGAUGAGAAGAUUGCCGUUAACUUUAAAACUGCUAUGAAACUCAAUGAAUCUUCCGCCACGGGCAGCGCACGCGUCGUUGUCUGUGGUUCCCUGGGCGACAUUAGCUUCAAUGGCGUGAAAGUGAGUCCAAUGAAGAAGACGCCGGUGCUACAACAACAGUCGCCAUGCCAAAAUCUAAUUUGUAUGAGCCCCAAGACCGAUGUCAUGAUGCAGCAGGCGCUUUUGUUCGCCAAAUCAUUGCCCACUAGCGGCGGAGAAGCCGAUCUCAAUCAGUGCAAUUGCCACCGCGAUCGAUUAUCGAAACAGCUGCAGAAGCAAUAUCAAGCACAACGAUUGCUCACGUCAAGGAUACGUUUCCUCGAGGGAUCGCGCAAAGUGCAUGAACGACGAAUGCAAGAGGCCCUCGGCAGCAUCACGGAACUUGCCACCCAAGUGUCCGAGCUGAAGCGACAACUUGAGGAUGUACUGGCAAGGGCGUCGCCAAGUGGUGCUACCAAACGCUCGGCAGUUGCUCCUGAUUGUCUGCCGCCUAGCAAGAAACCAAAAGCUUAGUGUUGCCUCAUGUAAGCAAAGCAUAGAAUACAAAAAUGUAAUUAGCCUUGAGUAUUAAAAGGAAAGUAGUGUACUUAGUAUUCAAUCGUCUACAAUAUAGGGAUAACUAUAUUCUAUAUAUUAAGGUCAAAAGUCUCAAUCUCUGUGUCUCUUAAACUGCCCGUAAUAUUAGCAUUAAUUACAAUAUAAAAAUAUCUUUGGCAUGCCAAAGAUCCCACAUAUCCUAGCAAGAGCGAAGUCAACUUAUUGCCAAUCAUGAAAUUUUAGAAAUCUUCUAUGGCAGCUACAAUUAUAUUGGUCUUGUCCGAUAGAGUUAGUUCUGCCAAAAAUACAAAGAACUUGGCUACAUACAAUAAUCAAAAUGAGCAAACUUUUUACAUAGAACGAAAUAUUUCGAACUCCCGCUAGACUAUGCAGAUAUUUAUAAGGCAUGAUCAUAUAUAAUAAAGAAAUAUAUGUCUGUAAGUAAAUAAAACAAGUGUGCAGCAGCUUUAAUAUUUCGAGUUAAGAUUUAUUGUUGCACUUGUUAAUUUAAUAUUGUAUUACAACUAUAUAAAUACAUUGAACAUCUAAACUAAAGUUCUUUUAUUUAUAAUUGCCAUUGACUGCCAUGAUUGUGGUUGAUUUUGCAUUUUAUGGUUUUAUUGUUUUGGUUAUGGUUGUCGAAAAUUGGGCGGUUUUCUAUAUAGCACUGGUAGAGUUAUACAUUUAUAUAUAUAUUUAGAAAUUACAUACGUGUGUGGAACUGGAAACAUCUACUAUAUCAUCAGGCGUAUAGGAAGUAACUUUUGUUUUUCUUUCGUUAGUUGUGUUGUGUUAUUGUUAUGUGUGUUAUGUGAUCUCCGGUCUAAGACUACGCGAUUCCUAUUGACUUAAGGUUGUCUCUUUAUAUGCCUAUUGGUAAAUGGUAAGUGUAAUUGUUAAUCGUAUUUCGUAAUUUAUGGUAUAAAAGGUAGUAGAAAUUGCCACUUGUUUAGCAGUGUAUAAAUCUUUGUAUCAACUGAUUUUGUUUUCUUUUUGUUU